AUGGCAGUUUCUCCGGCGGCAUCAGAAUCAGAUAUCCUUCUCAAAUUCAAGGCCUCGUUAAUCCCUACCACCGUUCUCAAUAGCUGGAACGCGUCGACAAGCCCUUGCAAGGGUUGGAUUGGCGUUCGGUGUACCGAUGACACCGUUCGCGGAUUACAACUUGAGAAUAUGGGUUUAAUGGGAACCAUCGACGUAGAUAACCUAAUGGGAUUAAGUUUCUUAAGGUCUGUAAGCUUGUUGAACAAUAGCUUCAACAGUCCAAUUCCUAAAAUAUGGAAACUUGGGGCAUUGAAAUCGGUGUAUCUAUCGAAUAAUAAGUUUUAUGGUGAGAUUCCAGAUGAUGCAUUUACAGGAAUGGGGUCUUUGAAGUUUUUGUAUUUGGCAGAGAAUGAAUUAACUGGUAAGAUUCCAUCAUCAUUUGCUAAGUUAUCAAAGCUUCUGGAAUUAGGGCUUGAAGGGAACAAGUUUGAGGGAACUAUUCCAGAUUUCCAACAGGCAGAUUUGAGAUUGGUGAGUCUAGCAAAUAAUCAAUUGGAGGGUCCAAUUCCUGCACGUCUUAGCAAGAUGGAUUCAAGCUCUUUUGCAGGCAACAAGGGUCUCUGUGGGGCGCCUUUGGAGGCUUGCCAAUCACCCCCCACCACCACCACUAAGCAGACAUCAUUUGCAUCAAAAACCGUUAUCGCUGCUUUUGUAGCAGUAGUAGUAGUUGCCCUGGUGGUUGUUGCUAUAAUUCUAAUUAUCAUCCACCGGAGAAGUUGUCAAACAGAGCAACUAGGUCGACCCUCAUCAAUUAGUAGCCGAAGAGCCAAGGUUGUUACUUUCGAAGAAGAUCAAAUGGAAACUAGGUCACAAGAUCACUCUACCUCCAGCCGCCAUAAGGCAGAACAUGGGAAGUUGUCCUUUGUGAGAGAUGACAUUGAGAGGUUUGAGUUACAAGAUUUGCUUAGAGCCUCAGCUGAAGUAUUGGGCAGUGGAUCUUUUGGGUCUUCUUAUAAGGCUGUUCUCACUACUGGUAAAGCUAUGGUUGUGAAGAGGUUUAGACAUAUGAACAAAGUGGGCAGGGAAGAUUUUCAAGAACAUAUGAGAAGGCUUGGGAGAUUGAGACACCCUAAUUUGCUUCCUCUUGUAGCUUAUUACUACAGGAAAGAAGAGAAGCUGUUGGUAUCUGAUUUCAUAGGAAAUGGCAGCUUGGCUUCUCUCCUUCACAGCAACAGGACAGAAGACCAGCAAGGGCUUGACUGGCCAACCCGCUUGAAAAUCAUCAAAGGAGUAACAAGUGCCCUGGCUUAUCUCCAUAAGGAACUCCCUAGCUUGAGUGUUCCACAUGCUCACUUGAAGUCUUCCAAUGUUGUUCUAAAUGAUUCCAAUGAACCCCUCCUUACAGACUAUGGUUUACUUCCUGUAGUCAACAAUGAACAUGCAGCACAAAUCAUGGUUACAUUCAAGUCACCAGAGUUUGCAGAAGAAGGUGGACGUGUGACAAAGAAGAGUGAUGUGUGGUGCCUUGGAACACUCAUAUUGGAGCUCUUAACUGGUAAGCUUCCCAUGAAUUAUCUAAAACAAGGUAGAGGAAGUGAUGAACCAGAUUUGGCGAGUUGGGUAAACUCUGUUCCAAAAGAAGAGUGGACAAGAGAGGUUUUUGAUUCAGAGAUGAGAGGAACAAGGAAUGGUGAAGGAGAAAUGUUGAAGCUUCUGAAGAUUGGAUUGAAUUGUUGCGAAGUAGAUAUGGAGAAAAGAUUGGAUUUGGAUGAAGCAAUUGAGAAAAUUGAAGAGGUGAAAGAGAGGGAUAAUGAGGAAGGAUUCUCCUGUUCAUAUGCUAGUGAAGAUAUGUAUUCUGCCAAAGAUGAAUUCUCUCUCUCAAUGAAUAGAGAAUAAUAGUUGUGGAGAGGUGUUGGUGGCCUUGUUUUGGUUU